UCCAUGGCCGAUCAGAGGUCGUUGGCGUCGGUUGUGUGCACGAUCUGAACGCCCUCGGUUGGGGCGCUCUCCGGUUGGUGUAGUUUAUUUAACAUCCGUGAUCGUGCGCUAGGUGUUGUAUAUGUCAGCAUUGAUAAUGUUUGCACAUGUGAUGAUACAUAUUAAUUGUUGUAGGAAAUGGCGGACGAUGAGUUAACUGAUAUGAUGUAUGUCAUGGAGUUUGGAGAACUGAUGAAAGACUGGAUAGAAGAUUGGUCAGAUGAUGAAAAUUCAGAUCGUGGAGAUAGGUCAGAGAAUGGGAACGUAUUGGAAGAUCUUAAUAUGGAUGAACAUGAUGAUGGUCAGGAAAACAAUGAGCAUGAUGAUGGUGAGGAAAACAACUCGGAGAUCUCGAAUGAAGAUUACAUUAGUCAGCUCAUUUCCGAAUGUCAUAAUGCGUACGACUAUUACGGUGAAUCCGACGCGGAGACAGGCCUUGAUGUCGAAUCAUUAGCUGCAUCUGAUUCUGGGGAGUCGCAAUCGUCGGUCAUCAUGAGUGAGGUGACAGAAGUUGAGGGUAAAAAGAAUGUCCAAGAUACUGCUAGUGCAGAUGAUAAGAGGGAUAUGUUCAUGCAGAUAAUACAAAUGACUUUUACGUCUCACGAGGCUGCGUAUGAUUUCUACAACAGCUAUGCUAGAGAUAAUGGUUUCAGCAUUAGAAAGAAUAGGGUCAGGUAUAGCAAAACCGAGUCACGUCAUAUGCGUUAUAGGCGGUUUGUUUGUUCCAGACAAGGAAAACGUGAUAGCAGGUUGCUAACCGAGGAAGGACACAGCCGUAGGCUCAGACCCGAGACACGCUGCCACUGCGAAGCGCACCUGACCGUGAAGCUUGACCAAAAGCGUGGGGUUUGGUAUGUUGAUAGUUUUGAGGACAAGCAUAGCCAUAUCUUGGCAGGACCGGACGAGGUACCUUUUCUUUGGUCCCACAGAAAAAUCAAAGAGUACCAGAAGCAUGAGAUAAUGUCCAUGGGAGCUGCAGGGAUUAGAAUUCACGACAUGAUGGAUUGCUUCAUCAGCAAACAUGUAUGGUACGGCGGUGUUGGUUUUACCAGGCGUGAAAUAUACAACCUUUGCGCCAGGGAGAAGAGGAAGCUGCUUUCAAAAGGUGAUGCUGCCACAGUCAUAGGCAUCAUGGUCAGUAGGAAACAGAGGGAUCCUAGCUUCUUUUUCGAGUACAAGCUAGACAAGGAAGGACAUAUGAAUAGGAUAUUCUGGUGUGACUCCCAGUCUCGUCAUGACUAUGAGGACUUCGGCGACGUGCUUGUAUUUGACAGCACGUACAAGAUGAACCGGUAUGGUAUGCCAUUCAUACCCUUUGUUGGUCUUAACAAUCACCGGAAGACCACUGUUUUUGCUUGUGCCAUAGUUUCGGACGAGACCGAAGAGACAUAUGUGUGGCUGCUGGAGACUUUUUUGAGGUCCAUGUGUCAAAAGAUGCCUAUGAGUGUUAUCACGGAUGCCGAUGCUGCGAUGAUCAAGGCAAUUCGUCAAGUCUUCCCAGACGUGUGGCACCGUAUAUACGGUGAAAUGACCCUGGUGGAUAUGAUUUUGCACUAUGAGAACGCCGUUGUACGUAUCCGUGAGAAUGAGGCACGAGAUGAUUGCACGGCCUCACAGAGUUUACCGGUGCCAGUUACUAGCUCGAGGGAACUUGAGAUAGCUGCUUCUCACGUCUUCACUCCAGCAAACUUCUAUAUGUUGCAAGCUGAUCUUAGGAAAAUUGGUGGCAUGGAGAUUGUAGAAAUAAAGCUCGGAGAUGGAUCACAGCAGUACAUCGUGGCCUGGAAGAAUAACCGGAAGAGCCGUUUCUGGGUGGAGUACACUCCAGUAAAUUCCGCAGAAAUUAUAAGGUGCAGCUGCAGAAGAAUGAUUCGAAAGGGUCUACCUUGCAAGCACAUAUUCCAUGUACUGAAGUACUUGAAUAUAUCUGAAAUACCAAAGUGUUUAGUUCUUGUGCGGUUCACGAAAGACGCAAGGUUGGGACUGCCCGCCAGGCGCACAAGUGAUCUGUUGGGAUUUGGAUGGACUGGAGCAGCUGAAAGAAUGAAAUAUAGCCAGAUGAUGGUGAAGGCAACAUAG